GGAAAAUCGAACAGAACCUAUUACUAAAGACCUUGAUUUCCAGCUCCAGGACCCUUUUCUGCUCUACAGAAAUGCCAGAUGCUAAGAACUUAGUCCAGAUCUGCAAAUGUAUUUCCAUUACUUAGGAUCUGAAGUUCUCCAAAUAAGUGGAUCAGGAGCUUUAUCAACCUUUAAAGGAAAGAACAAGUGUCUGAUAAUUUAACAGGCUUGGAUCAGGAGGAUUGGUGUUUCUGCAGGCCACGCACUCCAAGCUUGCAGCCAGGUCUAGCAUCUCCACUCAGCCACUGGGAAAUGGAGCACACCCAGGCAGUGCAGCCUCUUCAGAUGACAUUUCACAGCUUGUGUAUCAUUGCAUAACAUCUCUGGGAUGAAAUUCAGCUUUCCAGGAUAGUGUGCAGCUGUCUGUGCUGCAGUGUCCAUAUAUGGGAUUUGGUUUUAUGAUAAAGAAGAAUGCCAAAGAAUUGCAGAGCUCAUGAAAAACCUAACUCAGCAGGAACAAUUCAAAGCACAGCAGGGCACAGGAACAGGGGUUUCUCCCAUGAUUGUGAAUUCUGCUAAUAACAAAGAAGUGGAUAUCUUACGGAUGCUUACCAAGGCCAAAGAUGAGUAUACCAAGUGUAAGACCUGCUCAGAGCCAAAACAAAUAACCAGUUCCUCUGCAAUCUAUAACAACCCCAACCUCAUCAAACCCAUUCCAGUGAAGCCGAGUGAGAGCCAGCAUCAGCGAGUCUCCCAGCAGAGCAAGAGCACGGAUCCUGAACCCCAGCACCUGUCUCUGACAGCGCUGUUUGGCAAGCAGGACAAGGCAGAUGUGGCAGAAGCUGUCAGCAAGCAGGAGAAGCUGGCGGGCAGGCAGUGCGUGGUGCGCUCGCUGUCCUACGAGGAGCCCAGCCGGCUGUCCCCCUGCGCAGAGAGGCAGCUGUGCCCCGCCAUCCAGAAGCUGAUGGUGCGUGGCACGGAGCUCCAUCCCCUGGCAGAGUUCCCUGAGAGCCGCCUGUGUGAGAAUGGCAGCAUCCCCUGCGUGGGGGAGACUUUGCCAGGGCUGUUCCAGCCCGUGGCACAGCACGGCGUGGCUCCUCACGGAGCGCAGGAUGCCGCUGGCACCCAGAGCUUGCUGCAGAAGCUGCAAAGUCAGCCGGGCUCCGCCACUAAAAUGGACCCCAGUGCCACGGGAGCUGGCAACUCCACAGCUUCUGUGUUCAGCAGGACUCCUGCUCCUGUGGGAGCACCAGCAGCACCAGGAAAUAACAUGAGCCAGCCCCCUCUGGUGUAUUUCAAUGGGUCCCUGCCAGGCCAGACUUUAGAGGCUCAGAGCCUUGGUAAAGAACAAUCCAAACUUCCCAGACAGCCGCUUCCUCUCUCCGGCAAUCAAGCAGCCAAUUCUGGGGUGAUUUCACCUCAAGAACUGUUGAAAAAACUCCAGAUAGUGCAACAAGAACAGCAGCUCCAUGUAUCCAGCAGACCAACGUUGGCAGCUAAGUUCCCAGUUGUUACCCAGAACACCAACACGCUGAAACCACUGGAUUCCUGGAUAGAAAAGGCUCCAGGCACAGAAAAACAGAGUGCUCUCCUCCAGGUGAUCUCCCCUCAGCGCAUCCCUGCCACAGUGCCCCCCACGCUGCUGAUGUCCCCCAUGGUGUUCAGCCAGCCCGCGCCUGCCGCUCCCAAAGCCGCCGAGAGCGCCGAGCCCGCUGCCAGCCCUGCCAGCCUCCUCCUGCCCCUGCCAGCCCCAGAGCCAGCCAGCAGCACCUCCAUCAGCAAGCUGCAGCUGCAGGAAACGCUGCUGCACCUCAUCCAGAAUGAUGACAACUUCUUAAACAUUAUUUAUGAAGCAUAUCUCUUCAGUGUGAGGAAGGCAGCGAUGAAAAAGCCUAUGUGACAGAUCAUCUUUUAAAUCAAUUUCCAUGGCUUCCUGAACCCCAGGAAGAAGAUUUUGAAAUUUUCAAAUAUGAUUGUGUUUGAAGAAAUGAAUGAUUUUAGGCAUUUUGCAUACACUUAGAUUUUCCUUGUUGGCAAACAACAUGCUGUACUGAGAAAAAAGAAAAUGAGCAGGAAUGGAUUGUGCCUUUAGCGAGGGGAGCGUCACGACGCCCAAGAAUUAAUCACAAAAUAUCUUAAAUUAUUUUCCUUACCCUGCUCCGUACUCGGAGCUGGUUUCCCGGCAUAAGGACUCAGUUCUCAGGAUCCAGUUUCCUUUUUUUAACCCUCAGCCUGGUUACUCAUUGCCGAGGUAUUUGUCCCUGCUUUUCCCUGCGCAGCUGUCCCGGGGAUCCUGACCACAUGGUGGCAAUGUUGGAUUAUUUUUAGGAACACCAAAAUCCUCCUGAAAUCCUGGAACGGGAGAUUUCGGCAAGACUGAUCGUCCUACUUAGUUGUCUGCAAAGCAAUUUAGAAGAAGUGUCAUGACUUUCCCCAAAAUUUUUUGUAGGGAGAUCUUUUUCUAUUUUGACAAGAAUAUUUUUAGCUAGGUGUAGAAAUGGGAUUCUGCAGGUGUUCAAGGAAUUGGAGGGUGGGGGGGUGUUGUGAAUGUACUUUGCUGUCACAGAGCUCUGGGGUGACACUGGAUUCAUGUUUUUAUUAUUCCAGGUCCAAUCUGCAUAAUUAUAAGCAAUGUGAAGAUUUGUUAAGGGGAAUGCUACCCGGUGUAAUUUUAUUUUAUUUUUUUUUUAAGUGUGUUCCUGGAGCACAGUGAUUUCAUUGAUCCAUUUCUAAAGAAAAUAAAAAUGGAUAAAUCCCUACUAUGUGCUGAUUUCAUUUUAUUGCACCAUGGGCUAUAUAUUUAGUAUGUAUGACUCUAAAAUGUUUUUACACUUGGCAGAAGACACGUGAGGAUUUAAAUCAACUAGAAUAAGUGAUUGAAAGAAUUUUUAUGUAUAUUUUUUAUUAGCAUCUGCUGCUGAAGUGCCAGUUUACUACAGUUUAGGAACACAGAGUUGUUGCUGAGGAGGAAUUUCCUCUGUGGGCGCAGAGAACCCAAACUGUAAUCCAUAAAUGAUUUUUCAAUCUUCUCUAUUGGUGUAGGCACAGCUCAGUAGCCUCAUCUGUGAAAGUUCUUCAGUGUCAAUUUGGCUGCAGCUUUCAAUUAGUAGAGCUGUAAUGACUCAAACAAUUGUUCCACCCCCAUGCUAGGGUAGGGGCAAUUUGCUCCCAUUUCAUGGGAAAGGCUCUAAAUACAUAGAAAAAAAAUAAAAAAUAAAAUAAUAAAAAGCCAAGAGCUGUGUUCUUUAUUCACACAAGCAAAUAACCCCAAGAAACUGCUGGAGUUUCCCCACAUCAAGUACCUGGCAGACAGCAAGUCCCACUCUGUUACUUUAGGAUCCUUGCAGAUUCAGUGAAAUGAAUUUGUUGAGCAGAAACCAGGAAAAGCAGACUUUAAAGACAGCAAAAUCCAAGCCUGUAGCCUUCAUAAUUUAUGUAGCCUUUAUAAUUUAUGGGAUUCUACCGAGUUAAUUGGUAUUAUUUAGGAAUGAGCUGGUGUGGAAGAAAUUGCAAUCUGCACAAAAGAGUUUGAAACUAAAUUCGUGCAUAAUUGGUGUCUGUGAUGUUGGAUUAUCUGAGAGGGCAAUUUAAAGAUGAUGGGGACACAUAGUUAAGACCUCGUUUGACAUGUAGAACUUCUGUAAUUGGUGGGUCAAAAUAAUCCUUAAGCAUCUAAAGCUGUCUUGGUAAUAGAUUUUCUAGUUAUGGGGCAAAUAUUUACGGAAAAGCAAGUAGAAGUUUUCAAAAGAAUUCUUAUUUAUUACUUGUCAGAGCAAUUUACAGAAAUUAAAGGCAUAUAUUUUACAACAUCUGUUAACUCUUGGUGCUUAUGAAAACUGUGGCAUUAUGCUUGACAAGCUGAGGCUUAUCUUAAAGCAGACAAGGAUUGAGGUAGCUCAGGGUUUCUUUUCACUGCCCUCUCUUCUGGUCACAUCUCCACCGAGUAAUGCUGGCAGAAUUGGAUUUCUCUCACUGCACUGCACUGUAAGGGAUUUCUGGGAUUAUUCAGAAGGCAUAAAAUUGCCUUUUGUGGAGUGAAGAAAAGUUGCUGCUGAAGAACAGAGGUGCUGUUAAAGUCCUGCUAACCAAGAACAGCAGUGGUAAGAAGAUAGAACAAGCUCAGGAAGAAACUUUUGUGACAAUGAGCAGAAGAGGAAGAGCAGUGAGAGAAAUCUGUUAGGAGAUGAAGCCAAAUUUCCUGCCUAGGUUUCCAUCUCAGGACAGGAUCUGCUUCAUCAGGUGCAUUUGAGAAUUGGAGACUGAGCUUGGAGCGUAGAACUGAGCCUUUCUUCUGCAAACUGAAGUCCUGUCUCAGUAAAACAGAAAACCAGCUUUUUUUAUCCAGAAAAAUGGCUGGAGCCUUCCAGUGUCACGGAAACCCAGAGGAUUCUCAUGGAAUACCAAAAACUUCACCUCUGCCUUUUGGCAUUGUGGGUUUUUAGCAGCUUUGUGUCAGCUGGGGGUGUCCCUGUGCAGCCAAGGUCUGUGCAUGCCACCAAAAAGGGUGUUUGGUACAUCACCUCUGAGUAUGGUGCUUGUAAACAUUCAGCUUUUCUCUGGUUUUAUUUCUUUUUCAGGACUGCUUGAACUGUGAGCUCUUAGGCUAACGAGGCCUUUGGAGAAGAAAAGACUGCAGCACUCAGAAUUGCUAUUUUGGGCAUGUUUUGUUUUUUCUUUAUCUUGAGUAUGGAAAAAAAGAGCAAGUAGAAAAUCAGAAAGUUUAUAAGGAUGACAUUAACUCUGCUUUAGAUAAUUUCACAG